AUGCCAUUUUCGGUGCGACAGGGAAUCAGACAAGGCGGGGUCUUAUCAACUUGGCUGUACGUCCUAUUUAUAGACACGCUUUUGUGUGAUCUGGAGUCAUCUGGAUAUGGAACCACCGUUGGCCACCUACAAACCGGAAAUCCAACCCUAGCAGACGAUCUCACGCUCAUUUCAAGCAGUGCUAAAUCAUUGCAGCGCCAGCUAAAUAUUGUAACGAGACAUGCGAACACAUGGGGAUAUAGACUUAAUGAAGACAAAUGCAUGUAUAUGGUCUGUGGAAAGAGUAGAGUCUUGCCACAGACUACAGUUAAAAUCUACAAUAAAAUACUGCUCCCCGCAGAAUCAACAAAACACGUAGGAAUAAAGCUUCACAGAUCGCUGAAGUCGUCAUACGCAGUUGACGAACGAAUACGGAAAGGUCGAUCACCGGUGUAUUCCCUAAUGACAAUAAAGGAAAGCAGAUUCGACAUUAAUCCGCUAAAAAUGGCCAACAUCGUGGAUAAGGUAUCCAUCCCCACAGCACUGUACGUUUAUCGCGAUUCCAGUAUUAUCCCUCCUAAACUGAUGUGGAAACGUAUUGUAAACAAUGCGAUCCGCAACUAUCACACGGAGCUGUGGACAGUGCGCGUCACAGGGAACCCAGAAUUUGCACGAUUUAGUGUCGUCCAUCCUCACAUCAGGGCCGCCCGCAUCUAG